UCCGGGGAGAGCAGAUAUAGUGAAUGCCCAAUCAGAGUGAAGACCAGACCGUAUCAGUGAAUGCACAGUCCGGGGAGACCAAUAUAGAGAGACACAGACCGGGUCCGGGGAGACCGGAUAUAGUGGAUGCAGGGUCAGACCGACGAUAUAGUGAAUGCAGGGUCCGGAGAGACCAUAUCCAAAUGCAGGGUCCGGGGCACAGGGACCACCGUCCAAUCACAGAGAAUGCAGGGUCCGGGGAGACCAGAUCCAUAGAAGGCAGGGUCCAGGGAGACCAGAUCCAAGUCAAGGCAGGGUCCGGGGAGACCAGAUAUAGUGAAUGCCGGGUCCGGGGAGACCAGCUAUAGUGAAUGCAGGGUCCGGGGAGACCGGAUAUAGUGAUAUAGUGAAUGCAGGGUCCGGGGAGACCGGAUAUCAGUGAAUGCAGGGUCC